AUGACUGUGGAUGUGGAGAAGAUUAUUCAGUUCAUUAAACAAGGCGACCAAGACAAUGUUCAAAGUCAUCUGGAUGAUUACAACACUGAGAACUCACAAUGCUUCUUUUUUGAUGUGGAAGAAAGGGAGAGAAAAAAGCAAAGAGAGCUGGAAGAGUUCCGCAGGAAUAAAGUGAGAGAGUACGUUCCAGACUCUGACUCAGACUCUGACUCUGAUAACAGUGAGGAUCCAGACCUUGUUCUGCGGAGAAGGCUCGCUGCGGCUCUGAUCUGGUUUAUUCGUAUGCGCCUGCAGCCGGGCGUUUUGAGAGUGUGUCUACGAACUCUGCGGAUCAUCUCACGGGACCGAAAGGCACUGGCACCCCUGAUUACAGACUAUGCCCUCAUAACUCUUGCUCGGCUCGGGGGCAUCUCUGCCCUGCCAACCUGGCCUGAGGAAGAGAAUGAUCAGUGGGGCUCCUCACACAGCGACGUCACUCCUGAGAACGAGAUCGACACACUUUCAGAUAAUGACACCAACACCCAAUGUCCUGCAUGUUGCAGUGAGACAGAUGAUUCAUAAAGUGUAAGGAAAGAUGGAGUCUGUGGGCUGUUGACAAGAGGAAAGAGGGAUACCAGAGGAGAGAGGGAUGAUGAGGGUGAGGAAGGACACGAUGAUGGUGAGGUCUGGAGGAAAGAGGCGAUGAAAACCCUGUGCAAUGUCAUCUACAACAGCCCGAAAGCACAAGAGAGAGCCAGCACACUGAGGUUACUUCAUGGCCUAUCAGUAAGAAUUAAGGAUGGAAUACAUUCCCCUUCACCUCCAAGUGGUCAAUUUUAUGAACUGCGGCUUCUGUUUUUGUUGACUGCUUUACGACCUGAGCUCAGGAUUGAGCUCUGCCAGGAGCGUGGUGUGUCCAUGCUGACCGCAGCUCUGGAACAGUGUUUAGACGUGAUCUGGGGUGAAACACACGAGGUGCUGACUGACCUUACAGCUCCACCUUUGUGUAAGGAAGUUUCUCAGCGAGCUCUGGAGAUCCUGAAGACCCUGUUCAACAUCACCUACAGUAUGCACAGACAGGAUGUAGACGAGGAGGCUGCAGCUUUGUAUCGUCGCCUAGCUGCAGUCCUGCGUCACUGCCUGCUCGUGCCCUGUGAGGGAGAGGACAGAAAAGAGGAGCUGCAAGGACACACAGUGAAUGUGCUCUCAGCGCUCCCUCUGCAGUGCCUGGAUGUCCUGCUUUCUGUUCGCCUGUCCGAAGGUUCAGAGGAGUCUGGUGGAGUCAACAUGGACUGUGUCCACACUUUGCUGCUCUUCAUGGAGAAAAGACUGGACAGAGGCCACAAGCUGAAGGAGAAGCUGACUCCAGUGUUAAACCUGUUGACAGAAAGCAGCAAAGCACACAGGGAAACUAGGCACUAUCUCCGGCAGCAGAUCCUGCCUCCACUGAGAGACGUUGAGCUGAGGCCUGAGCAGGGGAACACACUGAGAAGCAGACUAGUGAGACUAAUGACCCAUGUCGACACUGAUAUCAAACACUGUGCAGCUGAGCUUCUCUUUGUGCUCUGCAAAGAAAAUGUGAGCAGGUUUGUGAAGUACACUGGUUAUGGUAAUGCAGCGGGGCUGUUGGCAGCACGGGGUCUUCUGAACGGCAGUGGCCCCUCUCCUCAACCACAGUACUCCAGUGACUCUGAUUCAGACACAGAGGAGUACAGACAGGCCAGGGACAGGAUUAACCCUGUGACGGGACGGGUGGAGGAGGAACAGCCUGAUCCAAUGGAAGGGAUGACUGAAGAAGAGAAAGAGGCAGAGGCGCUCAAACUCAUAAAUAUGUUCAACAGGCUGUCCCGGGGCAAGAUCAUUCAGCCGAUGGGAGUGACCACUGACGGCAAACUAGCGCCGCUGUGUGGCCAGACGAGACAUAGCGCAGUGCAGGAGGAGGAGGAAGAUGAGGAAGAUGAGGAUGGUAGUGAGACAGAGCAGUAAGGAAGGAGUGGAUGUCAAGAUGAUGAUUAUUAAGAGGCAAGAUAUUUUAUACUCUGAUAUAGUGAUAAAACAAUUUCAACAAUAGAGGAGCAAACUAUAUCUUACAGAAAUGUUCAGUAUUUGUAACAAUGAGAUGUGAAAAGGAGAAGCAAAUGAAGCUCUCUAUGAUGUGAUUAAAAUGGGGAUAAAAGUCAUUUACAUUAUAACGCACAAAAUAGCAGAGAUUGUGAUUUAUUUAGAAUUACUCAUAUAUGCUAGAAACAGUCAAUUAGGAAGCUACUAAAAAGCAAAGGAGAAAGAAAGAGACAAAGAGCGAAAUGGGCAUCACACCAAAGACAGACAAACACUCCUGGAAAAUGCUGCUGCUGUUGCCAUGGUAAUGUUACCAUGGUAACAACAGGAAAUGCAGUUCUACGGCUUCAGUUUUUUUUCUGGCACUCCAGCAGGAGUGGAAUGUUUACCUUGAAGAACUGCUGAGGCUGGUCUGACACUCUGAAUGCUGGCACCCUACACCGAGAAGAAGGAAAAAUCAUGAAAAUAAUGUCAUUAUUCAACUCCUCAGAGAAACGCUUUCAUUUGCAGAGUGAUUAGUCAGCACUGGGAACUUUGAACAUGAUUACAGUGUUUAGAGCAGGUUGCUUGGAUGUACUGCUUAAUGUCCAGUGCAUUUCUCCAUUCAUACACAUCUCAAAUGCAAAAUAGCAGCUUGUACACUAAGAACAAAUAAAUA